AUGUUUUUUUGUUCACCGGAAGCAGCCGCCGUCCUCCACAAAUCUCCGUCAGCGCCGGUUACUCUAUUGUCACCGGUGUUGGUACGUGCUAGCUUUGCUUCGCCGGUCUCUUGGUUUCGCCUGAUCAAUCACCGGGAAAUCAACGAGGGGAGGCCGACGAUUUUUACCUGCGAUAGUAGAAGCAGCGGCGGCGGCAGAUGGAGUCGUCGGCGGCAGCAGCAACAACUACACCCAACACACUUAUCGCUUUCAUUUCGCAAGCACAAACCUCGAUUUCGCGUAUUCUGUUUCUUCUAUACUGUCCUGAAUCGAUUGCUGGCAUAUGAUCUCUGGAAAUCACACCUCAAUUUCAUCAAGGUAAGCAAGGUGGCGGGUCGGGUGGCUCCAGCGCUCCGGGGGCGAUUCAAACUUAACGAAGGAUAUGUCCUUCUUCUGGGGUACAUGGAGCAGAAAAUUGAAAGAGAGACAAAGCUGCUACAGAUGGGGCUGGAAGGAUUACGCUUACUCAGUGAUGUGAAAUGCUGCCAAAAUAUCUUAAGGGUAAAUAGUACUUUGGCGGGGAUUGAGAUUCAACAUUUUCCUACUGACACUAAUGACAAGUUGCUAAAACUGUUGGGAAAACUAAAAGUGAAGAAAAGGGACAUGUUAACGAUUAUUGUAAUGGGGAAAGGUCGAGUUGGAAAAUCUUCAACCGUGAGCUCCAUCAUUGGUGAAAGAACAGUUACUGUUAUUGCUUUUCAGCCGCCGCAAUCGGACGACCGUCGUCGUCGGAUCACCACAGCCACCAAAUGAAAUUUUUCUCAGAUUGUAUUACUCUCUUGUUAGUAAUUUUUAAAUGAUGUUCAAUUUUUUUAUUAAUGUUAAUACAAUAUUUUUUUUCUUAUAUUAUAUUAUUAACGACCCAGAUGAAAACAAA